CCGCCGGGCUCCGCCCGCCGUGGGAUCCGCCCGCCGUCCUGCCGCUUCCCAUCGCGUCCCGCCGCUUCCCGCCCCGUCCCACCGCAGCGCCGCGCGACCAUGUCCAAGUCCCUGAAGAAGAUCGUGGAGGAGAGCAGGGAGAAGAACCAGCCCGAGGUGGACAUGUGCGACCGCGGCAUCUCCAGCAUGCUGGACGUGCCCGGCCUGUUUACGCUGUCUCACAUCACACAGCUGGUUCUGAGUCACAACAAGCUUACAACUGUGCCAGCAAACAUCGCAGACCUGAGAAACAUAGAAGUGCUCAACUUUUUCAACAACCAGAUUGAGGAGCUGCCUACACAGAUAAGCAGCCUUCAGAAGCUCAAACAUCUGAACCUUGGCAUGAACAGGUUAAACACCUUGCCAAGGGGAUUUGGCUCUUUACCAGCGCUAGAAGUUCUUGACUUGACUUACAACAACUUAAAUGAAAAUUCCCUACCAGGAAACUUCUUCUAUCUGACCACCCUUCGUGCACUCUAUCUAAGUGACAACGAUUUUGAAAUGCUGCCGCCAGAUAUUGGGAAGCUCACAAAGUUGCAGAUAUUGAGUCUUAGAGACAAUGACCUGGUAUCACUGCCUAAAGAAAUUGGUGAGCUCACCCAGCUUAAGGAACUGCAUAUCCAGGGAAAUCGUCUUACUGUGCUGCCCCCAGAACUGGGUAAUUUGGAUUUAACUGGUCAAAAACAAGUCUUCAAAGCGGAGAACAAUCCCUGGGUUACCCCUAUUGCUGAUCAAUUCCAGUUGGGAGUAUCUCAUGUUUUUGAAUACAUUCGUUCAGAAACAUAUAAAUAGCAUGGCAGCAGGAUGAAGUGAUUAGCAGAUUUGAAGAGAAGAUAACCGAAAAGGAGACAGAGUUACAAUAAAAAAAUCACCCUUGAUGAUUUUGGAAAAUAAAAAAACAUUUCAAAUAUAAAUAGCACUGUGACCUGAAAACAGUAGCCUGCAGUUCAGCAGAGCUGAGUGUAAAAUACUGACUGAAGGAAUACAUGGUAGGGAAUGACUGCUAAGCACUGGAUCUGCAGAAUGAACUCUGAAAUCACUGGGUGUCAGCAUAUAUGACUACAUCAGUGCAGAGGUGCCUCAUGUGACAUGGAAGAAGUAAUGUACCUGCUGUACUCAGUUCUGUCAGCCCUAUUUUAGGGUAUGUAUCCAGCUGCAAAAACAUGAGAACCAAUUAGACAAAGUCCAGAGCAGAGGAGCAAGCCAAGUCAAAGGUCUAAAAAUUUCACUUACAAGGAAAGAUGGAUGAAGUUGAAAGGUUUUCCCUGAAAAAGUAUGUUGAAAUAUGUUCAAGCAAGUCUUUGAAGAAGGAAAAAAAUGUGAUCUUGAGUGACAAAAAUGUUCAGGUUCUCAAAUUGACUUCUUUCAUCACUGAUGAAACUUUAACAGCAACUGUUUCUAAAGGAAACAUGAAAUCUGGAAUACAGGUUCAGUUUGCUUUCAGCUUUCUCAGCAGAGUUCACUGGAAGGUAAUAAUGUCCAUAGUCUUAACCUUUGUCAUGGAGUUGUAGUCUUCUUACUUCACCCAUCAUGUCACUUCAUAGGACAUGUUUUGCUAGAGGGAGACACAUAAGACACUACAAGUAGGUUUUCUAAUUUUUUAAAAAAAUCUUCUGUUCCUACCCUGAAGACUCCUUAACACAGAUGAGUAGAGAAGGGAAAGAAGUUCAUUUACUUUAAAAGUAAAUUAAAAGUUAAGUUAAAAAUAAUAAAGUUAAAAAAAAAAGUUAAGAAAUUUUAAUGUGUCCUCAUGUAGCUGAAAGCACAUGAGCACAGGAAAGAAUGUGAGCAUAAAACUCCCAAUUUUCUUAGUGAACAAAAACAGCAAUUGGCAAUAGAGAAAUGUGGCACAGCAUACUUUGCCUACCUUAUGAGGUUGUUUUCUGCUCUUGUCAAGUUUGGCUUUCAAAAGAUUUUUCCUUUGGAGACUUUUUGGAAGCAGCAGUGAAGCAUGAAAAAUUGUCUUCUGUAAUAAUCUUUGUAAAUUUCAGUGUGAAAAGACAAAAUAAAUAGAGUUUCAGUGUUUUGUUAUUCAGCA